CCUCAAGAUGGCUUCUCGACCUACCGUCACCAUCUUGUCCGCCGAUGGCAAGGCCACCGGUGCGACCCAUCCUCUGCCCAAGGUCUUCACUGCGCCCAUUCGACCGGAUAUCGUUCAGACUGUCCACACUGGAAUGGCCAAGAACAAGCGUCAACCAUAUGCCGUGAGCGAGAAGGCUGGUCACCAAACCUCUGCUGAGUCCUGGGGAACUGGUCGUGCUGUUGCCCGUAUCCCUCGUGUCUCUGGAGGAGGAACUCACCGUGCUGGUCAAGCUGCUUUCGGUAACAUGUGCAGAUCUGGUCGUAUGUUCGCACCCACCAAGGUCUGGAGAAAGUGGCACCAAAAGAUCAACCUCGGACAGAAGCGAUAUGCAACCGUUUCCGCCCUGGCAGCAUCCUCCGUCCCAGCCCUCCUCAUGGCCCGCGGUCACCAAGUCACCACCGUCCCCGAAGUCCCCCUGGUCAUCGACUCCAAAGUCUUCGACGCCGCCGCCAUCGCCAAGACAUCCGCCGCCCUCGCCCUCCUCAAAUCAGUCGGUGCUUCCGCAGACGUCGACAAGGUCAAGAACUCCCGCAAGCUGCGCGCCGGAAAGGGCAAGCUCCGCGGCCGCCGCCACAAGCAACGCCGAGGCCCCCUCGUCGUCUACGACCCCUCCGUCGACGGCAUCGAGCUCUCGCGCGCCUUCCGCAACAUCGCCGGCGUCGAGACCUCGUCCGUCUUCGCGCUGAAUCUCCUGCAGCUCGCUCCCGGCGGCCACCUCGGACGCUUCAUCAUUUGGACCUCCGCCGCGUUCAAGGCCCUCGACACCAUCUACGGCAGCACGACCGUCCCGUCGGCGCUCAAGAAGGACUUCCUGCUCCCUAGCCCGGUCGUCCAGCAAGCAGACAUCGGCCGCCUGAUCAACAGCAGCGAGCUGCAGUCCGUGAUCCGCGCCGCGAUCGGCCAGGCUCGCACCAAGCGCGCUGGCGUCCAGAAGAAGAACCCCCUGCACAACAAGCAAGUCCUGCUACGUCUCAACCCGUACGCGGCCGGUUACAGCAAGGAGAAGCUCGGUACCAAGGGUUUGGGAGCGGGCAAGCCGGAGCGAGCUACUGGUACGCAGUUUGCGAAGGUGUUGAAGGAGGAUUAGAGGGUGGUCUAUCUGUCUUUCUGGCGUAUCUUUGCUUGCUGGCUUUGCGGUUUGGGUGAGGGAAUGAGACCUUGCGAGAAAAAUGCAUGGGUGUCAUUCUGAAUGAAUGAAGGAAGGCUAGCUGGUUACUUUGCGUAAUGAAAACAGUUGCCUAUGGCUUGGACUCUUUCUGUGUGUGUUGUGAUGACAAUUUCAAGUUUCUGCUUAACAAGUGGAUGUAAGGUUUGUGCUUCUGACUUGUAAAUUUUACUAUGUAAUGACGCCUGAUCUGGCGCUCAAACCUCAAGGUAGUCUCAAUAGUAACUACCAAAAUUCUUACUCGCAG